UCUCCGAGACAUCGCCUAUUUCUAGUCUCAACCCCUCCAUGGCUAAAAGUUAGCAUUCAUUAAUGUCGUUUAAAUUCAGCCAAGUUUGGCCAAGUCACUGCCACCGGGGAAAUUGACAUGGCAUCGGAGCUGUACGUAAAGCAUGCACGUGUAUGGGUGGCUGACCAGGUGCAGGUUUGGCGUCCCGCUGAGCUGGUCAAGGACUACACGCCUGGGGACAGCGCCCUGCUGCUGCGCCUGGACGAUGGCACGGAGUUGGAGCAGAAGCUGUCGGCGAAGGAGCCCCUGCUACCGCCCCUUCGCAACCCCGACAUCCUGGUGGGCGAGAAUGACCUGACGGCUCUCAGCUACCUGCAUGAGCCGGCCGUCCUCCACAACCUCCGCAUACGCUUUGUGGAGUCAAAGAUCAUCUACACCUACUGCGGCAUAGUGCUGGUGGCCAUUAACCCUUACGAGUCGCUGCCCAUCUAUGGCUGUGACAUGAUCGCCGCAUACAGUGGGCAGAACACGGGCGACAUGGACCCACACAUCUUCGCUGUGGCAGAGGAGGCGUACAGGCAGAUGUCACGAGAUGAAAAGAACCAGUCCAUCAUCGUGAGUGGGGAGUCAGGUGCAGGGAAGACGGUAUCUGCCAAAUACACCAUGAGGUACUUUGCCACAGUUGGUGGGUCAUGCAGCGACGCCAACAUCGAGGAGAGAGUGCUGGCCUCCAGCCCCAUCAUGGAGGCCUUUGGGAAUGCCAAGACUACCAGGAAUGACAACAGUAGCCGCUUUGGGAAGUAUAUCGCCAUCGGCUUUAACAAGAAGCACCUGAUCAUCGGGGCCAACAUGAGGACCUACCUGCUGGAGAAGUCAAGAGUGGUAUUCCAGUUGGAAGCCAAAUAA